UUGUGAAGAGAUCAGACCGGAAGUGUUGCUGGCAGACCAAAGGGAUCGUGGUGAGGUGGAAGACCCGACAGAAAUGGCAGAUUUGCAGUUGUUUUUAACAAAUGUCAACGUUUCCCUGACACAAACUGUUGAAAGCGAAAAGAGUGCAGGCGGGACGAUGGCAGACUUUGAGAGUGUGGAGAUGGGGGACUCAGCAGGGAGUCAGGGGAGAGCGAAGAUCCCCAGAAGGACCAUCUACUUUGCGAGUGGCGAGACCAUGGAGGAGUUCAGCACUGACGAAGAGGACGAAGAGGAAGAGGAGGAGAAACCUUUGAAGAAAGACGUCGUCACCGUGGAUCCAGCAAAAUUGACGUGGGGCCCAUAUUUCUGGUUCCAAAUGUGGAGAAUGACCACCUCCACCAUCUCAGUGUGUGACUACAUGGGAGAGAGACUGGCCUCUCUCUUUGGAAUCACUACACCAAAGUACCAGUAUGCUAUUGAUGAGUACUACCGAAUAAAGAAAGAGGAGGAAGAGGAAGAGGAGGAGAAUCGUAUGGCUGAAGAAGCGGAGCGUCGUUUUGCAGAACAGCAGAGAGGUGAGCUGGACGCUGCUCAUCCUGCCACCGUGGAGCAGCCAGAGGCGUCCAGAGCGUCCUUUGUCAACAUUAGCUUUGAGCUGGAAUCCGACUCUCCUCUCAACGCUCCAGACGCCAACAGAGUCCCAUCCCCGCUUCCCUCCUGAAAACUGUAACCUAUUCAACCUCUUAACUUUCCUGCAUUGCUUUUCUGGCAAAACCUUAAUUAACUUGGCUUUAUAUUCUUAUUUUUCUAUGUUGUUUUAUACAAAGAUAUUAAUACACAUUGCAGGGAUGGAUUAAAAAAAGGGCUGCGGAAGUGGCUGCACUGGCCUUUUCUGUGAAUGUAAAUGUGUGUACAACAGAGACCAGACGGUAUGUAGCCAUUCCUAGACCAGACCUGGACUGUGCUCACGUUAACACUUUAAAUAAAGUUACAUAAAUGAUAGUUUUAGUCAUAGAAAUAUAAUUUCACGCUUUUUUAUUUAGACUUAAUGUAGAAAUUAUUUUGUAGAGUGUCAGAACUGAAGUUCAAGCCAAAAAAUAGCUAGGUAAUGAUGAUAUCAGUUGCCAAAACUAAUUUUUACAUCCACCAGUUACUACUAUAUACUUUUGUCUGUAAUGAAGAAAUAUGAAGGAAUAGUCUGCAUAGUCUCCUUCCAUUAAAAAGUGUCUUCACCUUCGUGCUGUUUGAACUGGACACAUGUGAAAUCUGGAUUUUCUUGUUACUGUGAAUGGAAAAAAGUCCAAUACACACAGAGUAUGCUCUGGAUCACUGUGUCAUGUCAAGUGUAGAUUCACCAACAGUAAUAAGUUCUGCCCAAGUCUUUGAAAAUCCACUGCUGCUCCUGUUCAUACUGUAGGUGAUUAUCCACUUUCACACAUACUGUAUGUCGAGUGUCGUUCUCUUAAGUCUCCUUGCCUGAGGUGCCAGAAGCUUCUUAUGAAUUAUUUUUAUCCACUGUGUGGUGUGGGGUUGGGCCAUAGAUCUCAUUAUGGCUUUGAGCAUUAGUGCCACACCGACAGCGUGUUUUCUCGUCAACAAUGUUACAGAGUUCUGUUUCAAAGAGGGUUAUAUUAUUUAGAUGUAACCCCAUCCCCCCCAACUGAAAUGGUAACAUAUUUAAUCAUUUAUAUAUAUAUAUAACAAAAAUGUAUCUUAAUGUGUUGGUAGUGUGGAUAAAUGUCUUUUACUGCAGUAAAGGGUUGAUGUGUUGUUUUUUGUUAAACCAAAGGCCAAUGUGUGCAGAGAUUAUUUUAACACAAACUCUUCAUGAAUCUGUACAUACAUAUGUAUAUUUUGUGUGUUAAUAAAACCUUUAAACAUUCAAAA